GUUACAACCAGGUUGUGAAGUGCGGCGCAGAGAUAACGUAGUCAGUCUUCCGUCUCGUGAGACGAACAGAAAAAAAUAUCGCGCCUCUGGAACACCCAUAAUUGUGCUUACUUGUGUUAUAUUAGCGACGCUGGCUUGUGUUAUUUAGCGUUCGUGCUGAUCCCGUUUCAGAGUUACUGAGCUCUGCUAGAGUGAUCUUAAAUACAACUUGAUUAUACCGACAUAUGGUGGUAUGAUUUGGAUCGGUCACUGAGAAGAGAAAACUUCUCACGGAACUGACGCAAGAAAACUGUUAAAACUGGUAAUAUUUGCGGUGCAAAUUCCAUUUAUCAGAACAUAAAAGGUGUUAAUGCAAAACCAAGUGAACCAGACAUAAGAGGGACAUAUGAGACAGACGUUUCUGUAAGACCACGCGCUGCAGGAUUCACAUUCAUCCACAUGACGUAGGGUUUUACCUCAAACUAUACAGAUUAUAUCCCAUCAACUUGAGUGUUAAUUAUUUAUUCAAGAUAUUCAGCAGAAAAACUCGACAUUAUUUUUUUGUGUAACUGCAGAGUAAACCGUGAGUUUUAGGGAUGCAUAGAACUUGAAAUUUUUGAAGAAAACUACAGUGUGCAUUCGUUAUUGCUGAGUCGUAAAUGUCAAAAUUACCGUCUACCACACAACGAUGAUUCCGAAAAUCUCCGAUGAUUCCGAAUUUCGAGUUUUAUAUAUCUAAACAGAAAUGAUGUCGCCGCUUGACGCGAUAAUGUGAAGAGUAAAUUGCCUAUAAAAUUCUCUGAAAAAAUAACGAAUGAUCAAUACAAGACGUCCUGUUGACUAUACAUAUAUAUACAACACCUAGCGCAGCUAGUCCACACAGAGAAAAACCGAACUUCAGUCUCCAACUUCAUACUUUUCACCAUCAAAGUUUCUGCACCGUAUAUCUCUUUAGUUAUUCUAUACCACAUACAUGACUAGUUGAAAACACGCACAGAUCCUCAAGAUGCAGCAACAACAACAGGUGUUAGCACCAAUCCCCAGACCAGUUCCUCUAGCCCCUUUGACUCCCUCAGCUUUCCCCAACGUCCACUUGUCCACCGCGAGCCUGACCUCCGCUACACUUACUUCUCCACACUUUUCCCCACCAAACCUCACAUCGCCGCACUUGUCAUCCCCAAGCCUCACUUCCCCACAUCUUUCUUCCCCGCACCUGGACCAGCUCAUGGGGAGUCUGUACCCCUGGGGAGCGUUGAGUCUCAACCUUCCCCGGCCGCCGUUCCCCUUCUACCUUCAUCAGCCACAGAAUGGGGAGCACGACAGCAACAAAGACGACGACGGCAGCGACGCUGGCGACGCGGCGUCUAAGCGGCGGCGGUCGCGCACAAACUUCAACUCGUGGCAGCUGGAGGAGCUGGAGCGAGCCUUCGAGUCCUCACAUUACCCAGACGUCUUUAUGAGGGAAGCCCUCGCCAUGAGGCUGGCCCUCACAGAGAGCAGAGUUGCCGUUUGGUACCAGAACCGUCGGGCGAAGUGGCGCAAGAAGGAGCAGACCCGCAAGGGCCCGGGCCGCCCCGCCCACAACGCGCACCCCCAGACGUGCUCGGGGGAGCCAAUCCCCCCCGAGGAGCUGGCGAGGCGUGAGCAGCACCGCAAAGAGAAGAGAAUUCAGAAGCAACUCGAGCGGCAGCAGCGCAAGCUCGCCCUCAAGGGCGUCCAUGUCUCCAUCGAGCAGCUGCGCAAGGAGUACGAUGAGAACCAAGCCAAGGAAGAGUCAAAGAGAAGAAAAGGCGCACCAGUCAAGGAGUGUCAGCCGACGAUAUUAUCAGUCAAGAGCUCGUGUUUUACAAUUGAAAGACUUUUGGCUCCGAUGCAUUCCGAGGAAAAGGGUCCUCCAUCACCGGGUACCCUCAUGAGGGCAGCUCCGUCGCCGGUACAUUCGUACCCUUCAUCUCCCCCGUCCCAGCAUCGAUGUUCGCCCUCACCGAUGACUUGCAAAAGAGAUUCGCCAGUCCAUACGCCGCUUUCAAGUCCAUCUUCGUCAGUUGUUGUUGCCCAAUAUUCGUCUCCUUCACACGUCACGUCUCAUAACUUGUCGUUAAAUUCCUCUACGACCUCAUGCAGCGAUUCUGACGACGUAAACGCUGCCGGUGAAAUCAGGCCCAUACCUCUCAUUAAGCUGCAGAACGACGAGCCCGAACCCAAGUCUGAAUUUUUGUCUCGCGUAGACGCGGAAGUUCACGUAAACCACCCGGCGUUCUUUCUUAAAACCGAUACCCGUAAUUCCCCGGACCAGUUUACUCACUCUCACUUCCAGCCUAUAAGCCUAUGUAAGUCUGAGCCUGAGGAUGAACCUAACUUGAGCCAGAAGCAGGAGUUGUGGCAGUAUUUGAGGAGCAGCACGACGCUGCUGGCAGAGGAGUGGCACAAACGAUGGCAGGCUGACAGGCUGCCUGCGUGGCUGCACGUCUCGCCUGUCACUGCCACCCUCCACACACAAUCCUGAACCUGAAGAUGAUACCCAUCAUUGUUUCCGGGCUCUAUAUGUCGUUGCUGUUAACUUUUUACUAAGAAAUUAUUAAUGUCAUCCAAGCAAAACUCUUGACAGUCUAUAUCAGGUCGUGUGAAUGAUAGUUUCCCAAUGAUUAUUUUGGGUCAGGGUGUUUUUAAAAUCUUCAUUUAGAAAUCGUAUUCAGGCCAAUUUAGAAAAGAUAUGUCAGUUCGUGUUUAUACAUAACGAAUGCUAUCUUCCUUUAAAAAAACAAUUGGUUGUUAGAAUCAGCAAUGUCUUACGAAACAAUUCCAAAGGAAAAUCAAAGGAGGGUUUAUCUCUGCAGACCGUGAAUGGGAACCAGCCAAGAUUGAUGUUCAGUCUUCGAAUUGCGUUUUAAAAUAGCACCUUUUACGUAUCAACACAGCACAGUAACAGAAAAUACUUUCACGUUCCAAAGAAGUGCAAUAAAGCGUGUGAAAUACCAUGCGUUUGGUGUAUAUAAUAAGCAAGCGUCCGGAUCAUCUAUUAGAAUAUACAUACAUUACGAGACAGAGGUAUGAUGAUAGCGAUGUAUCCUUCGUGUGGAACAUAUCACCUACGUACGUCAUUCGGUUCCGUUUAACUUAAUUCGUUGUACGUGUCGUAGAAAUGAAUUAGUCUCCAUUGAAUGUUUUAAGACAU